AGUUGGAGGCUAUAACGGGUGGUGGUGUGAGGGGCGCAAGCUGCGACUCCGAGUGAACCCGAGGGCAUUUUCACGGCUUUUUCCUCAGCUGAGUCGUUCUUCAGGUCCAGAUGCUCUUCAGUUCGGUGCUCCGCCAGCCCCAGCUUGGCGUCCUAAGAAAUGGCUGGUCUUCACACUACCCUUUACAGUCCCUUCUAACUGGUUAUCAGUGCAGCUGUCAUGAUGAACACACUUCUUAUGGAGAAACAGGGGUCCCAGUUCCUCCUUUUGGAUGCACCUUCUCUUCUGCUCCCAACAUGGAGCAUAUAUUAGCAGUUGCCAAUGAGGAAGGCUUCGUUAGAUUAUAUAACACGGAAUCACAAACUAGUAAAAAGAAGUGCUUCAAAGAAUGGAUGGCUCACUGGAAUGCUGUCUUUGACCUUGCCUGGGUUCCUGGUGAAUUUAAGCUUGUUACAGCAGCAGGUGAUCAAACAGCCAAAUUUUGGGACGUUAAAGCUGGUGAGCUGCUUGGAACAUGCAAAGGUCAUCAAUGCAGCCUCAAGUCAGUUGCCUUUUCCAAGUUCGAGAAAGCUGUAUUCUGCACAGGAGGAAGAGAUGGCAACAUUAUGGUCUGGGACACCAGGUGCAACAAAAAAGAUGGGUUCUAUAGGCAAGUGAAUCAAAUCAGUGGAGCUCACAAUACCUCAGACAAGCAAACCCCUUCAAAACCCAAGAAGAAACAGAAUUCAAAAGGACUUGCCCCUUCUGUGGAUUUCCAGCAGAGUGUUACUGUAGUCCUGUUUCAAGAUGAGAAUACAUUGGUCUCAGCAGGAGCUGUGGAUGGGAUAAUUAAAGUAUGGGAUUUACGCAAAAAUUAUACUGCCUAUCGACAAGAGCCCAUAGCAUCCAAGUCUUUCUUGUACCCAGGUAGCAGCACUCGAAAACUAGGAUACUCAAGUCUGAUUUUGGAUUCAACUGGCUCUACUUUAUUUGCUAAUUGCACAGAUGACAAUGUCUACAUGUUCAAUAUGACUGGAUUAAAGACUUCUCCGGUGGCUAUCUUCAAUGGACACCAGAACUCUACCUUUUACGUAAAAUCAAGUCUUAGUCCAGAUGACCAGUUUUUAGUCAGUGGCUCAAGUGAUGAAGCUGCCUACAUCUGGAAGGUCUCCACACCCUGGCAUCCUCCCACUGUACUACUGGGUCAUUCUCAAGAGGUCACAUCUGUAUGCUGGUGUCCAUCUGACUUCACAAAGAUUGCUACGUGCUCUGAUGACAAUACACUAAAAAUCUGGCGCUUGAACAGAGGCUUAGAGGAGAAACCAGGAGUAGAUAAACAUUCUAUAGUGGGUUGGGCCUCUCAGAAGAAGAAAGAGGCAAGAGCUGGCCUAGUAACAGUAACGAGUAGCCAGAGUACUCCUGCCAAAGUCCCCAGAGUAAAGAGCAGUCCGUCUAUUUCCUCCCCAUCAUCUGCAGCGUGUGCUCCAAGCUGUGCUGGAGACCUUCCUCUUCCUUCAAAUACUCCCACAUUCUCUAUUAAAACUCCUCCUGCCAAGACCCGGUCUCCCAUCAGCAGAAGAGGCUCUGUCAAUUCUGUCUCUCCCAAACCACUCUCAUCUUUUAAGAUGUCAAUUAGAAACUGGGUGACCCGAACACCUUCUUCAUCACCACCCAUCACUCCACCUGCUUCUGAAACAAAGAUCAUGUCUCCAAGAAAAGCUCUCAUUCCUGUGAGCCAGAAGUCAUCCCAAGGAGAUGCUUGUUCUGAGUCUAGAAAUAGAGUGAAGAGGCGGCUAGACUCAAGCUGUCUGGAGAGUGUGAAACAAAAGUGUGUGAAGAGUUGCAAUUGUGUGACUGAGCUUGAUGGCCAAGUUGAAAAUCUUCAUUUGGAUCUGUGCUGCCUUACUGGUAACCAGGAAGACCUUAGUAAGGACUCUGUAAGUUCUACCAAAUCAAGCAAAGUUGAAGGAGCUGGUACAAGUAUCUCAGAACCUCCUUCUCCUGUCAGUCCUUAUACUACAGAAAACUGUGGAACACUGCCUCUUCCUUUGAGACCUUGUGGAGAAGGGUCUGAAGUGGUAGGCAAAGAAAAUAGCUCCCCAGAGAAUAAAAACUGGUUGUUGGCCAUGGCAGCCAAACGCAAGGCUGAGAAUUCAUCUCCACGAAGUCCAUCAUCCCAGACACCCAAUUCCAGGAGACAGAGUGGAAAGACAUCACCAGGCCCGGUUACCAUUACUCCCAACUCCAUGAGGAAAAUCUGUACCUACUUCCAUAGAAAGUCCCAAGAUGACUUCUGUAGUCCUGAACACUCAACAGAAUUGUAAAUUCUAAUCUGAAGCCCUCAACAUGAAAGGUAUCAUCAAAGACUAGUAAAGGGUUCUGGCCAAGGUAUUGCUCACUCUGGAAGUCAGAGGCCAUUGCCUUAUUCCUACCCUAUAUUUUGGCAGAAGAAUCAGUCCUGACAGAGCCAGAUGAAACUUAAAUGACUUCAGAAGAUCCUGAGGAUUUGGAUUGUCUAAAGAAGUUUUCAAGUUCUGGGACUGAUCUGUCAGGCCUGACGUAGGUGGCCGCAGGAAAAAAAACAGGUCAGCAGAAGUCAGUGCCAGAAAAAUGGCCAGUGAUGGCUCAUUGAGCAGGUAGUAUGGGGUAGAAUCUUGGGAAUAAGAGAUUAAGUGAGGGAGUUGACACAAACAACUCAAGGGUUCUUCUUCAUCUCCCCAAAUACUUAAUAUUGCAAUACCCCAGAUAUUGGUCCUUGGUCUUCUCUUUUCUACCUACCCUUAUGUCUUUGAUGAUCUUAUCCAGACUCUCAACUUUGGGUACCAUACUCAGACUUGAAAUUCCUGAUUUUAUUUGUCUAGCCUGACUUCUAACUGAACUCCUAAUUUGUUUAUUCAACAGAAAAGUUGACAUUCCCUCUUGAUUGUUUCACAGACAUCUCAAAUUUAACAUGUUUAAAACUAAACUCCUAAUUUUAACCCUCCCCCCAGUUAAAAAUCUGAUCCAACCUCCGCUUACUGCAAUGCCACCCUCCCAGUUUCAGCCAAAGACUUGGUCAUCCCUAACACAUCUUUCUGUCUUACAAUGUGCAACCAACUCAUAAUCAAAACAUUUUGGCUUUAUCUCCAAAUUGUAUUCAGGCUUUGCUUCUACCAAAGAGGAGUAACUAACUGAUGCAGGACUUACCAUGUCAUUAUAAACAACUGAAAAAAUGGAUCAGAGAUACAAAACAAUGAUUUCCAGACUGGCCAGGGAUAGUACAGACCUGUGAUCCCUGAGGGAGGGAAACAAAUGAGGCAAGCUCACAGUUGUGGAGUCAUUUUUCAGAUUGUUGAACCAAAGGGGGAACCCAAACAGAACCCAGGGGUUUGAGUGGUUGAGGAGAUAGAUAGAGACUGGAUUUGGGGGGAAUUUGGCUGAAUAAAAUGCCAAAAAGGAAGGAACUGCAUGGAGAGAAAGCUCCAUGCAAACUGUUGAGUCUUUGGCUGAUCACCAGUCUGUGCAUGCACAGGGUACUGCACAAGGCUAAUCAAAGAACAGCUACCCAGGAAACAAUUACUGAGAAGCUAUAAACCAAAAAAUUCUUAAAGCUCAUAUUAGGGCUGAGAAUUAUUCAAGUUCUGAGUAGCAGAGUAGAGACCCUGACAGAUGAUAUUUUCCAAAGAUGGCCCAGUAGCUCCAAUCUUACAUAUACUUCUACAUUGUGACCUUGCCAUUCACACACAAAAACAUGGAAGUUUAGUCUGGUAAGGGUUAUGACUACUUCUCCCAUCUGGAUAGUAGUGAAGCUGUGUUGAUUUUAAGAGUAGGUUGGAAAAGACAGUGUAGCUUCCAGACACCCAUAUCAUCUGCCACCUGUCCCUCAGAUCACACCUUUGGCCACAUGAGUGGUCUCUUAUGAACGUCUGAAAAAGAAGGAGAAAGCCAGGCUUGGUUCAUGAAUGAUUAAAGUCUCAAAUGGACUUGUACUGCAUUACAGACCAUUUCAUUUCAAUCCUGAAAGAUAUCUUCCUAUCAAAGCUUUUGUGCAUCUGUCAUGUAUUGAUGAGGAAAGAGAUAUCACAUGAGGUGAAAAAAAAUACACAGAGAUUCAUAGGCCAUUGUGAAUGGCUAUACUGGUCAGGGGCCUGGAAGGGGAAAGAGUAGAAAAUCAAACCUGCCAGAAACAGAAACUGUUACUCAGCCCCCAAAACAGUACCAUCCUUUAAGGAGACAAUCAGCCACUUUGUGGCAAGCUGAUGGCAUUUGGGAACCCUGGAAGGGUUAAUGGUUUUCCUUGUCUGAGAUUAAAACAUAUUCCAUGAACUUAAAAUGGAUCAUGGACUUGCAGGUAAAAUGUAAAGUCAUAAAACUUAAAAAAAAAUUCUGGGCUAUAGGGUUAGGCAAAGAGUUCUUAGACUUAAACUAAAGCAUAAUUCAUAAAUGGAAAAUGUGAUACAUUAGACUUCAUCAAAAUAAAAAAAAAUAUUGAGUCAGUGAAAAACCCUAGGAAAGGAUGAAAAGACAAGCCACAACUGGGAGAAGAUAUUUGCAAAGCACAUAUCCAACAAAGGAACUGAUAUCUAAAAUACAUACAGAACUCUUAAAACUCAAUGUUUAAAAAAAAAUAAAUUUUUAAAAAAGGCAAAAGCUAUGAAGUCAUUUCACUGAAGAGGAUAUACAGAUGGCACAUAAGCACAUGAAGAGAUAUUCAAUAUCAUCAGCCAAUAGAGAAAUACAAAGUAAAGCUAUGAGAUAUUACACACUAAAAUAAAAAAGUAAUGACAGCAUCAAAUGCUGGUGAAGAUUGGGAGAAUGAAUCAGACAUUGUUGGUAAGAGUGGUGGUACACCCACUCUGGAAAACAGUUUGAAAAAUUUUUAAUAAAAACCACACAUUCAAUUACUAUGUGAUCCAGCAAGUGCACUCCUGGGCAUUUAUUCCAGAGAAAUGAAGGCUUAUGUUCAUACAAAAACCUGUAUACAGAUGUUCAUAGAAGUUUUAUUUAUAACAACUCAGAACUUGGAAAUGGGCUGGUAGAGGACUUGCCUAGUACAUAUAAGGCACUGGGUUCAAUCCUCAGCACCACAUAAAAAUAAAUAAAUAAAGAUAUUGUGUCCAUCUACAAUUAAAAAUAUAUUUUAAAAAAACUUAGAAACAGCCUAGAUGUUCUUUAGUGGAUGAAUGGUUAAACUAGUGGAAUAUCAUAGAAUAUCCAGCAAUAUAAAGGAAUGACCUACUGAUAAACACAACAACUUGGAUGAAUUUUCAGGAAAUUGUGCUGAGUGGAAAAAAGCCAAUUCCAAAAAUGUUGUAUACUACAUGAUUCCAUUUAUAAUUUUUUUUCUUUUACAGUAUUAGAGAUUAUACCCAGGGCCUCACACAUGUUAGGCAAGUGCCCUACCACUGAGCUGUGACCCCAGGACCUAUAAUACAUUUUUAAAAUGACAAAAUUUUAGAAAUGGAGAACAUAUUAGUGGUUCUAGGGGUAGGCCAGUGUGGUUAUUAAAGACCAACACAGGGAUCCUUGUGGGAAUGAAACUGUUCUGUUCUUUGACUGUGAUGGAUACAAACUCACACCUGUGAAAAACUGGAUAGAACAAACACACAUACACAAAGGAUAAGUAAAAUUGUGGCUAUCUGCAUAAAUUUGGACAAUUGUAUCAAUGUUCAUAUCCUAAUUGUAAAAUUGUUCUACAGUUUUGUGAUAUGUUACUGUUGAAAGAAACUGGGUAAAGGUGGCAGGUGUUGGGGGGGGAUUACUCCAUAUUACAGUCAUGCAUUGCAUAAUGAUGUUUCAGUCAACAACAGACUGUGUAUAUGAUUGUGAUCCCAAAAGAUUAUAAAGGACCUGAAAAAUUUCUGUUGCCUAGUAUUUUUACUGUAGCUUUUCUAUGUUUAGAUACACAAGUACUUACCAGUAUGUUACAAUUGUCUGUAUUGUUCAGUAGUUUCACCAGUUUGCAGCCUCAGAAUGAUAGUCUAUACCAAUUAGCUUAGAUGUGUAGUAGGCUAUGCCUUUUAGGUUUGUGUAAGUAUACUCUGUGAUGUUCACAAAAAAACAAAAUGGCCUGAGGAUCAUUUCUCUAAACUCAAGUCCAUCAUAAAGUGUCGCAUACCCAUGUUUCCUACAACUGCAUGUGUGUGUACAAUUAUCUCAAAAAUAAAAGUUUAAAUUAAAAACAA